UUCGAACUCUUGUAUGUCGCUCAUCUCCUUUUUACUACCCUACUACUCCGUACCCUCCGUGGACUGAAAUUUCAUCCCCAAACAACCCAAGCGAUGGAUGGCAGCAACCGCUACGAAAGGGACGGACGGUGACUUGCCUACGCCACCCAAACUUACUCCGCUCCCAUCAAAUCGUGAAUCACCGAUAACGAAUCUCUUGUACCUCGUAACGGAGUACACGGAGUAAAGAGGUGCAGUUGAGCGGUCAAACCCACUCGCAUUCAUCGUUUCCACUUCGCACAUGGCCCGACAUCGUCGUCACCAUCGUCCUUCCUCGCCCUUGUCCCAAAGAUAAGAGAUUCCAAUAGGAUCUCGCCCUUUUGAUUCCGUCUCUCGUUACGGGUCACCAAGAAGGUUUGUACUCGGUAUAUACAUAUAUAAUAUGUAUGUAUAUACUCCGUACACUGUAAGUAUUUAAUCCAACCGAGUUCCCUGUUCACAAACUAUUUUGAGAGUGUGUACAUUUCCUCUUUUUUUUUGGUGAAUACCAACUAUUUACUAUCUAACUGUCUGUGUCAUCCUUUCCUUCGACUUCUAACUUCUACCUUUCCCCCAUUCUUCCCCUCCGACCUGGCGACACGCCCUUCCUCCUCUUCCUCCUCUUCCUCCUCCUCCUCCUCCUCCUCCUCCUCCUCCGCCUUGUGAUCACUUCAACAGUCUCUCGGGCCAACCACUUGUAAUUCUUCUACUCGAUUGGACGUCGACUCGAUACCCUACCUACCAAACAACCAACCAACCAACAACAUGGCCGCGCGCCGAUUGUCGUCCAUCGUCCAUGGUGGGAAAGAAAGUCAAGUUUUUGACCCGAACCUGGGAAAUGAAGCUCAACUCGCCAAACUUGGUUAUGAACAAGAGCUCAAACGAUCCUUUUCUCUACUCGGAAUGGUGGGCUUCAGCUUUUCCAUCGUGACGUGCUGGACCGCCCUGGGCGGAACUUUGAUCCUCGGUAUCGUGUCCGGUGGUCCUCCGGUCAUGGUGUGGUCGUGGCUGGGUAUAUGUCUGUUGUCUUUGACGGUGGCGUACUCCUUUGCAGAAAUGUGUUCAGCAUACCCCACGGCAGGUGGACAAUACAGUUGGGUGGCCAUCCUGGCCCCUCCCAAGUACGCUCGAGGAGCAGCGUGGGUGACGGGAUGGUUCAUGUGUACCGGUAUCGUCGCCAUGGGAGCGGUCAAUAACUUUAUCGGAUCCAACUUUCUCCUGGGGAUGGCGAACCUCAAUUACCCCGACUACGAGAUCCAAAGGUGGCACUGCGUCCUCGUGACUUACCUCAUGGCUCUGACCGCCGCGACCGUCAACAUCUUCCUGUCUCGCUACCUGAACCAAAUCUCCACCUUCGCCGUCAUCUGGAACGUCGUGUCCUUUUUCGUCGUCAUCAUCACCAUCCUGGCCUGCAACGACCACAAACAAUCCGCCAGCUUCGUGUUCAAGGACUUUCAGAACCAGACGGGGUUCUCUUCGGCGGGGAUGGGCGUCAUGAUUGGUCUUUUGCAGACCUUGUUUGGAAUGUGUUGUUAUGAUGCUCCUGCGCACAUGACCGAAGAAAUGCUCAACCCGGCCAAAGAGGCCCCGCAGGCCAUCAUCCUCUCCGUCUUCCUCGGCGCCUUUACCGGUUUCGUCUUUUUGAUCUCGGCCUUUUUCUGCAUCGGCGACCUCGAGGCCACGGCCAACACCAGCACCGGCGUACCCCUGAUCCAGAUCUUCCACGACUCGACCGGCAGCACCAGCGGGGCCACGGCGCUCGCCAGCCUCGUCACCGUCAUCGUCCUGAUCUGCGCCAACAGCCUCAUGGCCGAGGGCUCCCGGGCCCUGUGGGCCUUCGCGCGCGACCACGGCCUGCCCUUCUCCGGCGUCUUUGCCAGGGUCGACAGGAAAUCCCAGGUCCCCGUCUACAGCAUCCUCCUGUGCUGCGCGAUCCAGAUGGGACUCAACAGCAUCUACUUUGCCAGCUACGAAGGCUUCAGCACCGUCAUCUCCAUCGCCACCUUCGGCUUCUACGUCAGUUACGCCAUGCCGCUUUUCGUCCGCCUGUGGAGUUACUUCACCGGCCACGAAAAGACCAUCCCGGGCGCCUACACCCUGGGCAAGUGGAGCCCCCUGGUCAACGCCGUCGGGUUGGUGUUCUUGGUCUUUGCCGGCAUCGACUUCAACUUCCCCCAGGCGGGCCCCGUCACGGCCGACAACAUGAACUAUUGCAGUGCCGCCUUCGGAAUCAUCGGUCUGAUCAGCGUCGUGACUUGGGUCUUUGACGGGAGGAAAAACUUCACCGGCCCCCAAACCGGUGUCAUGAGUGCCGUCGAGGCCGAAGAUAAAGGUUUGCCUCUGGGUGCGGCAAUCCUUAACGAAAAAGAAAAGGACAAAAAGAGUCUGGAUGAUGGGAGUGAAGGAACGGGAGUGAAGGUGCCCAUACAGGAUGCCAACAAAAUGGCCUGAUUGCCUCGGUCGUUCAACAUCUAUCUCUUUUUUCCCCUCUACUUUUGCCGUUAACGUUGAAAACAACAAACAAUAUUGAUCAAUCCAUCUAUCUUGCUUCUUCUGGCCCAGGUCCCAAAACAUUUCAUGGCUAG